GACGCAGUCGGCGGGUUCCUUCACGCCCGAGGAAAGGUCUCGGCCCGGAACAUCGACCCGCGCAGUCCCGCCAGCAAACCUUGCAGAAGUCCUGGUGUGCGAGAUUCAGAAUCGGCUACCAUGUCGCCGUGCAGUUCGUUGUUUACCGGGGCCGUGCCCGGUCUGAAAAUAACCUACUUCCCAGUGAGAGGACGAUGCUCCGCCAUGCGGAUGCUCCUCGCCGAUCAGGGACAGACGUGGGAGGAGGAGGUGGUGGCCAUUGACCAGUGGUUCUCCGGAGAUAUGAAGAAAUCCUGUGUGUUCGGGCAGCUGCCCAAGGUGCAGGACGGAGACCUGGUACUCUUCCAGUCCAACGCCAUCCUCCGCUAUCUGGGAAGCAAAUUCGGGUGCCAUGGGACGGACAUUAAGGUCAACGCCGAGAUCGAUAUGAUCAACGACGGGGUGGAGGAUCUGAGGAUCAAGUACCUCACCCUCAUCUACAAGAACUACGAGACCGGGAAGGCCGAUUUCAUCAAAAGUCUCCCGGACGAACUGAAGUGGUUCGAGGGACUGCUGAAAAAUAACAAUAAGGGGGAAAGCGCAGGAUUCAUCCACGGAGAGAAGAUCUGCUACGCCGACUACAAUCUGGUGGACUUGCUGCUGAACCUGCAGACGCUGGAGCCCACGUGCCUGAAGGAGCUGCCCCUGCUGCAGGCCUACUACCAGAGGGUGACCUCGAGGCCCGCACUCAGCAAGUACCUGAAGAGCGACGCCCACACCAAGCUGCCCAUCAACGGCAACGGGAAGCAGUGAUCCCCCCCGGCCCCGGCCCUGCGGCCGCCAGAGAGGGGAGAUACUGUCCCCACUCCAACCGUCCCCAUCGAGAGGGGCAGGGGCAUAGAGAUGAAGGCCACCGGACGCCACACACACACACACAUUGACCAUCACCAGUUCAACAGUCCCCGUCAAGAAGGCCCCCAGACCUCCACACCCAUAGAUACCGGCCUCAGGCCUCUCCGCACGCAUAGAUACAGGCCCCCGGCCUCUCCGCACGCAUAGAUACAGGCCCCCGGCCUCUCCGCACGCAUAGAUACAGGCCUCAGGCCUCUCCGCACCCACAGA